AUGGCAGCCUAUCGCCUGUGUCCCAAUACCGGCCUCCUCCUUCAGGCUGCCAAAACCUCGCCAACUGUCACCUUUGUCAUCUGCUCCCUUUGCCUGGAUAUCGGCCUCUGGAGUCCAUCCCUUGGAUCCUCGCCGUUGCUGACAUCCCCUGUGCUGUCCUCGCCGCUCUUAACCUUCAGAUCGACUCUCGUCAGUCCCCUCUACACGACAAGAUCACCGACUUUACCGUCCGUGACAUUUCUUCUGACCCUCCCGCGUUCUCUCGGCCCCGCCGUUUUACUCCCCCGCGUCUUCCUACGGCUGCGGCUGUACGUAAUUCACCACCACCCUUUUCCAGACGUCAGUUGCCGUGAUUGCUGGGCAUGGUGAUUUUUUACCGCCGGUUCCUCCUGCACUGUGCCGACACCAUCCUGCCGCUCACUAGGCUCCUCUCUGGUCCCAAAAGUUGGUUCGAGUUGUCUACAGACGCCCUCCUUGCUUUUGACAAAGUGAAGGCUGUUCUGACCGACGUCACCCUCCUGACGCAUUUUUCGCCCGAUGCUACCAUCUCCCUCGUGAUUGACGCCUCCAAUUUUGUAGUAGGCACGGUUUUCCAACAGCAACUUACGGGUCACACUCAACGCUUAACUUUCUUCUCCAGGAAGUUGUCACCUGUCGAGACGCGCUAUAGCUCACUUCGAUGGGAGCUCCUUGCCAUCCUCGUCGUCGUGAAGCUACUCCGAAUCUUCCUUGACGGCAGGGACUUCACUGUUUAG